AUGAUGCGGAAGAUUGCACGAGUGAGCGAAAGAUUUGGGUCUCCGGCCCAGAGUGGCUCUCUUUGCUCCACUCGAUUUAUACGCACCCGCAAUUCCACCCAGUGGAGGUCGCUGAGUUCCAGGCGCCCAUACACCCAUUCUCCUUCGUUCAGCCCCAAAUCAAGCUACAGCUCCAGCUGGAGCUGGAAUGCGCAGCACUACCGCCAGCGUCAAGCGACCGAUUUGAACCGUGGUCUAACGAGGGAAACCCCGGUUCUUGGUAGCAAUCCCGACCCGCUCAAGCAGACCCCUACUACUACUCCUACUGCUAUAGAGCAGAACCGCUUGGAAUUCCGAACCAUCAUUCAAAAUGGCCAACCGGAUCAGAUCAUGGAUGCUCUGCUGGACCCCCGUUUCAAGAAUCUGGUCCAAGGGAUGCCCUCGAGUGUCUUUGUGGAAGUCUUCCAAUUACUCUCACCCGCAUACUUUUUGGAUCCUUAUCGGGAGCUCCAUCGCCCGGUGCAUCCGGUCGCGUUUCAUGUUAAGGGAUAUAAACCACUGGACACCAUUUUUGAUGACUUCGCCAAAAAUCUCUCAACGAUCGUGCAGAUCAGACAGUCGGCAGGCCACGUCCUUGGACUGGCCGAAUACACUCAUCUUCUCGACUGUGCUUGGUCGAUGGCAGAUGCCGACAUGGCAGAGCAUGUCUGGAAUAACAUGAUCGACGAUGAGGUAGUCCCUGAUGUCCAGUGCUACAACCACUACAUGGCAGCCAAGGUAUGGGAUACGGCUUUCACCGGACGGGAAAAAUAUCGGCUGCGAAUCCAUCAUUACUCCUAUCGAAAACGGAGAUUUAACAACCCCAGUGCAGGCUGGAAAGGCUGGGGUACCGCUGGUCGAAGUGUGCGAAAGGAAGUGCUAGGCAUAUUCCACGAGAUGACGGAACAAGGGAACGUCGGUGACGAGAUGACUUAUAUCAAUGUGAUGCUGGCAUCGGCCCGAGUAGGCUAUGUGCACGGAAUCAAGAGCAUCCUCAAGACCGUCUGGAAUGUCGACGUGGAUGCGCUGCUGAGGAAUGCCGAUAAAUCACGCCUACCAGCAGUCACCGAUUACGAGCGUUCUUCGCCGCUGUACCCCUCGGACCGACUUCUGUUUGCCGUGGCACAUACCUUUGGCACGACGAACGACAUUCUCGCCGGAUUGAGGGCCAUUGAGCACAUCUCCGAAGAAUAUAACAUCCCCAUCCCGGACACCGUCUGGCUGGAGUUGAUGGAGCGAGCGUUUGUUUUGUCCCGCCGUCGCUUCGGUCCGGAUACGGACAGGAAGUCCAGAGGUAAGGUUUCAUGGGAUUUCUUGUUCUCUUUAUACGACACAAUGACUUCCGAGACGUUCAAAGUCCGCCCGACGAUUGAAGUCCACCGUUACCUCGCCAAAACAGCAUGGGAGCGAUGCCGACUGAAGGAUUUCAAACACCACAUGGAGCUUGCGUAUGAGAUUUUGGAAGAAACACGACGGAAAUCGAAUACCGCACGCUCGAUUCUAGAAGGAUAUCUACAAAAGCAAGCGUUGUCAGCGGCGUCGUCAAGCACUACAUUGGUCAACUCGACGGUCCUGCAAUCCCCUGCGUUUGCUGAAGCCGUGCAUACGUACGAUAUUCUGCGCUUACAAGUGGCUCAGCAGACGCUCAUCAUGGAGAAGCUUGCACGACUCCUGUUAACCCACCAUAGGUGGAUCAGCCGAGACAAUCUUGUCACUUGGGAACGUUGUCUUCUUCCGCAGGUACUAGAAGAAUGGCGAAACUUCCUCCCCCAUAACUUCAACUACUCCACCGCCGGCGGUAUGGUGAGAUUCCAUGGGAUAACGCACUGGAAUCACCGAAGAUAUACGUCCCAUCAAUAUGUGCCUACUCGCUGUGCCACUGCGGCAAAUGGUAUCGAGUGGAGCGGGGCUGCAGACUUGGACGACGAUUUCAUCUGGGAAGAGUUCCAGCAGUCCGCGAAGGGCAUCAACCUCGACCUGCCUCCGCUAAAACGUCUCCUCUCCGGCGUUUCCGUAAGAGUCAAUACCAUAGCCCCGGAACCCUAUGAUAUCAACGAGGGUUUGAACGGGCAAGUGACUGGUUCUGGUUUCUCCGUGGAACCGGAAGAUUUGGAUGAUGAAGUUAUUGAUUUUGCCUGUGUGCCCGAGUCGGAGACUGAUACUGACCUGAAUAGUAUCUCGAGACAAAGGGAUAGUCCAACGGUAGUCGAACCCAACGGUUUCAACCUGGCUUACAAUUGA